GUAAUUAGUGGGCUGCCUGUUUUUUCUUUAUUUAUACCUCUAGAUGUCAUUUUAAUGUAGAGUUUUUUAAUAAAUUAAUGAACCAGCAGUGAGUUUUCUUUGCACCAGAUUCAAUUUAAUAUGGCGACUGAUUCAAUUCAAGAAAAGAAAACCACAAGCAUAUCAGAUACGAACGUGUUUGGGAAACCCAUAACGGUGAAUGAAUAUGCGGACAGGGAAGCAAGAGCGAGCGCGGCGUACGCGCAGAUCGACGGCGACGACAAACGGAAGAAGGUCAAAGAUUACGUGCAGAACCUGAAGAAGUCUUUUGGGGACGGCGUUUCGGUUUUAGCCACCAUUUACAACGCCACCGGAGAGAACCUUUACUUCUCCACCUCCAAAGACUGGUACGGGAAGCUAUAUACCGACGGCGGGUCCUCCUACCCCAAGAUCAUCCAGAACGGGCAGUGGGCGGGAUUCUUGCAUAUCAAAAGCCCCUCUGUCCCUUCUGGCUCCGAAGCCGCCGUGGUUUACCGGGUCAAAGCCAAAGAGGGGGACGCCGGCGAGAACGCCGAUGUGGUGAUUGCUUGGGAUGAUUCUUGGGCUCCUGGUUCCAAUAAUAAGGUUUACACAGAAAUUGCGAAGACAGGAAGCUUAUCGGGUUGGGAUGAUAUAGGUAAGAAGAUCGGAUCAAUGUCAGCGGCGGAGAGCAGCUUUAACAUGAGACUCUACUCAACUGUUAGCAUUGCGCAGGACAGUUCUGCAAAUCUUGAGGCAGUCAUCACCGCUACUAAUUGAUAUACAUACAUAUCAUCCAUCAUUUAUAUUUGGUCAUCUACAUCUGCAUGCAUGCAUAUGCAUGCAUGGUGUUAAAUAAAUGCCGACGCAUCUAUAUACUACCUCCGUUCUUAAAUAAGUGCAACAUGUGAAAUUUUACACUAUUCACAUGUUCUACUUUGACUACAUUUUAUUUAUUGAUGUAUUAAUAUAUUUUUUUGAAAAAUAUAUUAUUAAAUUUGUCUCAUUGUAAAUUUUCAAAAACUAAUUUUUUAAAAUUUUUUACUAAUAGAGAAUUAUAUAUAUUGAUAGUCAAAGUGAUGUCUCGGCAAGUGUGAAAUGUUGACUGUUCAACUUAUUUAAGAACGGAGGAAGUAUAAGACUAUAUAACUGUGCGUACGUAGUUUAGUACUUAGCUAGUUAGCUUGUUGUUUGAGGUGGAAAAAUAAAAGGCACUAUGUAUAUAUACGUGCGUCACAGGAUUGAAAGGUGAACUAAACUGAGCACUAAUAAAAUUUGUUACGACACACAUAACGUUUAACCAGUCAUGUUUAACCAGCUUCAAACUCGAACACAAGCUAGAUUUUUAGUUCGAAGUGUUAUCCAAACAUAGCGAUAUUCGGCUUGACACAGACUUGAUCUAAGCCUGUUGAUCACUUAUAAGUUAAUUAUAAUUAAAAAUAAAUUAUACCCCGUAUAUCGUAAAAUUUAAACGUUGUUAGUGUGAUUUUAUAAAUUUACUAAUGAUUAUUAAAGAUUGAAGUAUGUAUUGAAUAAUUCAAACACGAAUCUAUCAAAGAGCAUAGUCUAACGUCUAAACUUUUAAAUUCAAGCAUGUUUAUCGCGCUUAUCAAGCAUUUGAAUUGAAAACGAA